GAACUUGUAUUCACAUUUUCAUGAAGCUGGUUAUAGUUUAACAUCAAUUGAAACAGAAAAUUUAGAGAAUAAUGAUCAAUAUGAUAGUGGUUCUAGUGAUUCUGAUGAUUUAAUAUUAGCUAAAAAAGCGAAUAUUAACGUCAUUAAAAUUAAUUCAAACAAAUCAUUUUGA